CCCCCCGCGGGCGGCGGAGCCGGGUGCCCCUCUGCAGUGUGGGGUGGCGGGGCUGCGGGCGACGGCAGCGCAAGCCGGGCGCACGGGCCGGCGUGUUGGCGCACGUACGGGCAGGGGUGUCACCGCCAGCCGCGCGUGGCGCGGGCUCACGCGGGAUCCUACGGGGGCGCUUUGGUUCGUUGGAGGCUCGAGUGCCCCUCACCAUCCCCCCCGGCUGGGGAUUCACAAACCAAAUUAAUUUUCCCCGAGAGAUAGCUGGAGUGCAGCGGAAGCCGCAGAGCAUUUACAUCUCUGGACGCGGCGUGAGGGUCUUCUUGGCGUCCAGUGUCGCGCUGAGCCAGGGGGGACGUGGGACGGAGCCGCGUCUCCCCACAGGAGGAGCGGGCAGAAGGAGAGGAGGGAGCGCUAGGAGAUGUGCCACGGGGAAAGAGAUGCCGUUCCUCUCUCGGCGGUGUGAGAAAAGCUAACGGCAAGGCUGAGAGUGGAGCGGGGGGGGACACAGAGCCUGUGGUCCAUCAACUUUUCCAAACCGGUUUUAACGUAAAGUCGGUCUGUCUGCGUGCAAGCGUGGACGCGGCGGGCGCGAGGUGACCUUUGGCGGGGUUGGGGAGAUGAGCCGUGGUGUGGACUCAUUUCCUCGUUCACGUUUAUUGCAGUAAAACAUGCUGAGGAAACGCUGUGGUAUUGUGAAGCAAGAAAUAUGGGACCCCUAAUUGCAAGGAGGAGCCUUCCUAUUUCUCUGUUAUUUUUUACUGACAAUUAUGAUUUACAAUGUAGAAAUGUGAAAAGCCAACCCUGCUUUCUGGGACACUGAAACAUGGUGAAGAUGCCUCCAAGCGUCAGAGACGGGACUUUAUCCUCAGAAACGCCUUUUUGCCUCAGUCAUUAAAGGCAAGGGCUCGAUAACCUGUGGUUAUUAGGUGGCAGCGAGGAAGGCAGGAGCUUCGCCAUGGGGUACGACAAAAGCUGGAUGUCGAGGAACGAAAGCGAGCAUGGCCCGUACCAGGCUGUCGCCAUGAGGAACGCCUCGGCCGGGCAGGUGGUGUGGCAGGGCGGGAACGGCAGCGAGGCCAGCGCCGCUGAGGGCGAGGAGCACGGCGAGGAGCAGACCUACAGGCACUUCACCACCACGGUGCAGAUCGUCAUCUUCGUGGGCUCUUUUCUGGGUAACAUCAUGGUGCUGUGGUCAACUUGCAGAACAUCGGUACUUAAAUCUGUAACAAACCGAUUCAUUAAGAAUUUGGCCUGCUCGGGGAUCUGUGCCAGCCUGGUCUGUGUGCCUUUUGACAUUGCUCUUAGUGCCAGUCCACACUGCUGCUGGUGGAUCUAUACGAUGCUAUUCUGCAGAAUUGCCAAGUUUCUGCACAAAGUCUUCUGCUCAGUGACCAUCCUUAGUUUUCCAGCCAUUGCUCUUGACAGGUACUACUCUGUUUUAUACCCUCUGGAAAGAAAAAUAUCUGAUGCAAAAUCACGAGACCUAGUUAUCUAUAUCUGGGCCCAUGCAAUAGUGGCCAGCAUUCCAGUAUUUGCUGUGACCAAUGUGUCUGAUAUUUAUGCUAUGUCCACCUGUUCUGAAUCUUGGAGUUACUCCCUUGGCCACCUGAUAUACGUCAUCAUCUAUAACAUCACCACUGUGAUUGUACCAGUGGCUGUGGUAUUUCUCUUUAUGAUUCUCAUUCGCAGGGCACUGAGUGCCAGCCAGAAGAAAAAAGUCAUCAUAGCUGCCUUAAGGACCCCUCAGAAUACAAUUUCUAUCCCUUAUGCCUCCCAGAGAGAAGCUGAGCUUCAUGCCAUGCUGCUUUCCAUGGUUAUGAUAUUUAUUUUCUGCAGCGUCCCCUACGUGACUUUGGUGAUUUACCGCACCAUACUCAAUAUUUCAGAUAUUUCAGUCUUCUUGCUCCUCACUGCCAUUUGGUUGCCCAAGGUGUCUUUGCUGGCCAAUCCUUUGUUAUUUUUAACUGUUAACAAAUCAGUACGGAAGUGCUUAGUGGGGACAUUAGUACAGCUGCACCGGAGGUAUAGCAGGAGAAACAUUGUCAGCUCAGGUGGUCUUGCAGACGCUAAUCUGGAGCCCGGUGUCCGUUCAGGGAGCCAGCUGCUGGAGAUGUUUCAUAUCGGGCAACAGCAAAUCUUCAAGCCAACGGAAGAUGAGGAGACUGAGACCAAAUCCGUUGGCUCUGGUGACUUUCAACAGAAAGAAAUUCCUACCACCAGUUUAGAGGCAGGAGAGACUUCGGUUUGCAAAUUUAUACCACAGAUGAUUGCAGACUCUGCAGCGCAGGUGGCGCCAGCUGUGCCCACAGAGCCUGAUAUGGUAAAUGACAAGUAUUCCAUGCAGUUUGGUUUUGGACCCUUUGAGCUGCCUCCACAGUGGCUCUCAGAAAACCGAAACAGUAAGAAGCGACUCCUGCCUCCUUUGGGGAAUACCCCUGAAGAGCUAAUCCAGACGAAACAGCCUAAGUGUAAAGCAGAAAGAAAAAUCAGCAGAAACAAUAAAGUCAGUAUCUUUCCCAAGGUGGAUUCUUAGUAAGAGCAGGACCUUUAAGUGACAGAGGAAGGUCAUCUUCUAUUAUAUAUGUGAUCCCAUGGAUCUUUGUUAUGCUGAAAUUUGUUACAGGCUGAUUUUUUUUGUGCCAAAUAUAAUUUAAACAAGCAAACAAACAAAAGGGAAAUGUAUAUACAAGUGUUCCUUAUUAAUAUGUUUUCAUGAAAAUAAUAUAUCAAAAGAUGGUGACUCUUAUUCUAUCUGUGAAAUCCCUACAGUGAUACCUGCCUGAUUAACUUUCAAAAAGCAUAUAUGGCUUUGGGAACACUUUGUAUGGCUGAAGGAUGGCAAUAUGUCAGUUAGUUUGCUGGAAAACCUCAUGUUGGAUUAGAAUGGACUGGGUAUCAAAGUAAAGGCUGUAGGGAGCAGAAGAUAGAUGCAAAAUGGGUAAGUCUUAACCUCCUGUAAAUAGACACAGCAAGGUUCUGCACAUUUCAUUAAUGAAGUAAGAUGGGCUAUUAAGUACAUCUAUUUUCUGUUAAGCCCAUUUCUUAAAUCAGUGUUAAGAAAUAAAACUCGCUGGACUUUUUGCACAAAAUAGUUAACAAGUAUCUGCCAAACUUCUAAACUUUUUUAAAACCUAAUUCACUAUUUUUUGGCUUAAAACUUCAGCAGAGUCAAGGAUACGCAGAUUGUCAUGUGUGUCAAACCUGAGAAAGACUUUUUUUUUUUUUAAAAAAAAAAAAAAACACAUAUAUUCUUGUAGUUUUAAGUAAAAACGAUUGGAGACCAUGCAGGACAAAUCCUGACUCCAGAAAACAAGUAUGUAUAUGCCAAGGGCAUAAAUACAACACCUUGAUCCUGUGAUAAAGGGCAUAUGCAAAUGUCCCAACAGUGUAAUGUACGUAUUGUGUAAGUAACCAAGGGGUGAACCUUAAGACAGACUCACCUGCUGGUGCACUGUGCUGUUUUCUUAUGGGAAAGCUAGCAAAUGAAAGGAAAGGGUCAGAAGUGCUGGUAGCCUUGUACUGAACUGCUGAGUGAGGAGGCUGAUAACAGACCCCCAGAGGGAAGGUCUAUUAAUGCCAUUGCCCACUAUUGUCAGAGGAAGGGAGGUUUUCCUUCUACCUUCACAGAUACAGAUACCAACCACCCUUCUCCACCCAUCUCACAGAGUAGACCACCUGGUGUAUGAACAUGAGACUUUCAAAUCUGGUGCCUCUGAGUGAAUCAGAGCCGUGCCAUCCCUAGUACCAGCACACCAGCCUUUCUGUGAGAGAUGAGGCAUUGUACUGCAGCUUGUCCCCCCACGUCAUCAUAGGCACAUUGUCUCGUUUAUACUGAGUGUGAAUUUUAAACUGUAUCCGUCUGUUAAAUGACCUGAAACUCUUGUAACCCUGGCAUUUUAAUCCUUGUUCAGUUGCAAGUAGUCUUUCCUUCUUCCUUAUCUGCAUUCCCUGUUGUCUCUGUGGGUAGUUUCUUAAAAGCACAGUCUAGUAACAUCUGUGUAUUCCUUGUGGUUCUCCUGUACUUUAGCCCUUUGGUGCAUGCUGAACCUUUUUCUGUAGUUACUGCCUAUUAAAAGUAGUUUUCUUUAAAGUAUACUUUUAAAAUGACAAGGUGAAGAAUCUUGCCAAGUUCACAGUAGCGUACUGAAUCCAAGCAGUUAAUGUUAAAAGUAAGAAAAAUUUGCUGAAGCAGCAUUUGGAGAUGUACCUGGUUUUCCUUUGACGUGUUUGAAGAAAGUCAGCAGCUUCCGAUGGCUCCAAGAUGGUGGAUUUCUACAAGGCAUUAAAAGCAAAUGUUUUAAUAAAAAUGUAUUAAAAAAAAAAGUUUAUAAAUUACUGUGUAAAUGAUGUUUUUUUCCAUUUCCUCUUUGGUUUCAGUGCACUUCCUUGCUAGUUUUUGCCCUGCUUCUUAGAAACAGAGAUGAGAAGGCAGACAUAGCUUCCCUGAAAUCAGACAGAAGUAGUACUCCAGGAAAAGGUGUUCCUUCUGUGGCAGAGGUAGAGAAGUACAAUAGCAGGCAGGUUUUUUUAAAGUGUUGAUAAAAAAGUAAUUUAAUGGAGUGUUUGUUUUGCCAAAGUUAGUGAAAGAAUAGAUGCCAUUCAAAAAAAUCCUCAAAACCUCAAGAGCAAAGUAGGAGUUGCAGUUUCCUUGUGAAUUUUGGUUAAAUUUAGUAUUUAUCACUCACUGACAUACAGAUACUGGUCAAAUUUUCUGUGAUUAAUGUAUGUGAAUAAAUGAUCUGAACUCCUUUGAGGAAAGCAAA